UACUCAGGUUAGUAGUUUGACAACUUUCAACCCAUCCAACAAACGUAACGCCUUUCCAUCUGUUAACCGAAAAAAAACCGGAAAUAGGAGCAGAAAAUUAAUGGCACUUAACGGAGAGACCAAAACCGAGUCAACCAACGGAGAGGCAAAAACCGAGUCGAAGAAUGGAGAACAAGUGAGCCGGCAUCAAGAGGUUGGCCACAAGAGUCUUUUGCAAAGUGAUGCUCUAUAUCAGUAUAUUCUUGAAACAAGUGUGUAUCCAAGGGAACCGGAACCCAUGAAGGAGCUUAGAGAGGUCACCGCGAAACAUCCAUGGAAUAUUAUGACAACAUCCGCCGAUGAAGGGCAAUUUUUGAACAUGUUAUUAAAGCUAGUGAAUGCUAAGAACACCAUGGAGAUUGGUGUUUUCACCGGUUACUCUCUUCUCGCUACCGCCCUUGCUCUUCCCGAUGAUGGGAAGAUUUUGGCGAUGGAUAUAAACCGAGAAAACUAUGAAAUGGGACUUCCUAUUAUAGAGAAGGCUGGAGUUGCACACAAAAUCGAGUUUAAAGAAGGCCCUGCCAUGCCUAUUCUUGAUGAGAUGAUUGCGGAUGAAAAAUAUCAUGGGACAUUCGAUUUCAUAUUUGUUGAUGCUGAUAAGGAUAACUAUAUCAACUACCACAAACGGUUAAUAGAUUUGGUUAAGGUAGGUGGGUUGAUUGGUUACGACAACACCCUGUGGAAUGGCUCGGUGGUUUCCCCACCAGAUGCCCCGAUGAGAAAGUAUGUCAGAUAUUAUAGAGAUUUCGUGCUAGAGUUUAACAAAGCAUUAUCUGCUGAUGCAAGGAUCGAAAUAUGCAUGCUUCCUGUUGGUGACGGAAUUACCCUUUGUCGCCGAAUCAAGUGAUUUUUACAUGUAAUUUUCACCAAACGUGGAAGAUCGAAUAUUGUGCGUUAGCCAAACCCUCCCCCCAAUUGAAUAUGUUUUCUUUAUAAUUUCUUUAUUACAAUGUUUUAAUAUAAUACUUAUAAAAUGAAUUAUGGUGGGGUCCCAUUAUCGCAUAUGUCAUGAACUUAUUAUGCCGUC